UAGCAUUCUGGAACAAAGUCACCAUCUAAGAAAGAAAAUCCCAAAAACAAAAUGAGUUAUGAAAAGUAUAAAUAAAUUAAAUUGUGUUGCCACUCACAAGCCCACUAUUUUCCGAGAGCCAAUAACAGCGCCCUUAUCUUGACUCAAAAUCCAGAAUGUCAUCACCAUCUCAAAGUUGAAAUAGACAGAUUAGGACAAACGGUGUCUAACUUUCUUUAUUUGUUAGAAAGUUGAAGCUUUUCUUAUUAUAUUUGUUUUUUAUUAGUCGAGACUUUGUGCAUAUUUAUACACUACUUACAUUUCUGCCCACCAAGUGUUUGAUGAAAUGUUUAGCUGACAAGUUAAAGGCAACAAUUGAAGCUUAUGUUUAAAGCCAUUUGUGUUUGUUAUAGUAUGAUGUUUCACAAGGGAGUUUGCUUCUCUUACACUUGCAGAGACAGCACUGGAAGACUUGGGCUUCUCAAUUAUAAAUGGUAGUUUCCGCCUAUUUUUCUUUUUCACAUUGAAGGAAUCAAUUCGGUUUCUGCAGGCUCUCUGAGCUUCUUUGUAAACUGUUAAACAAUCCCCAAAAAUGGCAUUGCUUGUGCCUAUGCUUAUGCCUACGCCUACACCUUUGUCACCCCAAAAGAAUUGGCCCAUUGUUUCUCUCAACUCGAGCUUCCUUCCUCCGGUGCCUUUGUCCAAACCUAAUGCCAAUAACAGAAUUUAUAGCAGUAACGGGAACCUAAAAAUCCUCUCUUCUCCAAUCACUUGUUCAUCUGUCAAGAUUGUGCGCGACCCAAUAUUAGACAGGCAUGUGGUGAAACAAAACAAGAUUCGUUUUGUGCAGAAGCUGAAAACCCUGCUCCUUUCGAAACCAAAGCACUACAUGCCAAUCCACAUUCUCUCCAAAUGUCGCUCCUACCUCGCCCUUUCAAAGCCACGCUCCCUCCUCUCGAUGAUCCAUCGUUAUCCAUCCCUUUUUGAACUCUUCAGAAUUCCGACUCCUCAAACUCCACUCAAUGCGACAAAACCGUACUCUCAACUCUGUGUCCGUCUUACCCCAGCUGCAGCAGCUCUUGCCACUCAAGAAUCUAAUCUCAAAUCUUCCAUGUCCAUCUCCUUGGCCACAAAGGUCCAGAAACUUCUCAUGCUUUCAUCUCAUCGCCGACUUGUCUUGUCAAAGCUGGUUCACCUUGCCCCAGAUCUUGGCCUCCAUCCUAAUUUUCGAUCCUGCCUCUGCAACAGCCACCCGGAUAAAUUCAAGACUGUUGACACCUCCUAUGGCCGCGCGCUUGAGCUAGUCUAUUGGGACCCAAACCUUGCCAACCCAUUACCAUCUCCUGAAGUUAAAUCCCACGGAUUGAUUGUAGACAGGCCGUUAAAAUUUAAGAAGCUCAGACUUCGAAAGGGGCUGAAUGUGAAGAGACGUCAUGAGGAGUUUCUGAUCAAGUUUGAAGAAAUGCCUGAUGUGUGCCCUUAUAAGACUCCAUUGGAAGAGUUGGCGAAAGAGUCCAUUGAAGCAGAGAAGAGGGCUUGUGCUGUGGUGAGGGAGAUGUUAGGUAUGACGGUUGAGAAGAGGACUUUGGUAGACCACUUGACACAUUUCAGGAAAGAGUUCGGGUUGCCAAACAAGUUGAGAGGGAUGCUGGUGAGGCACCCGGAGUUGUUCUAUGUGAGUUUGAAGGGGCAGAGAGACUCUGUCUUUCUAGUGGAGGGUUACGAUGACAAUGGUGCACUCUUGGAGAAGGAUGAAAUAUCUGUUAUAAAAGACCGGCUUAUGGAAUUGGUAAGGGAAGGGAAGAGGAUGAGGAGAGAGUGGAGACAAAAGAAUAGCAUUAGCAAUUAUUUAGACGACUCUAAUGAUGAAACUGUCAGCAGUUAUGAUCUUGACGACAAUGAUGACGAUGACUAUGAUGGUUUAGAUAAUUUGUUUGACAGCGAAGAUUCAGAGGACGACGACGAUGAGGAGAUUGGUAGUGAGUUGUUGAAUCAGGGAAGGGAGGGAGAGUUUUGGACGGCUGAGGCUGCUUCUGUACUCAACAGUGAGGGUAAUGGACACCCAGAGUCUUGGUAACUUUCUGUUGUACACCAACUUUGAAUUUCUUUUUAGGUAAUUUUGUAAAGAAUGGUGAUAUAGACACCGAACACUU